CAGAAUAUAGAUUACUUCUUAGCAAUUAUUCGCUCACUUGUGAUCUUGAAGAAAAAUAUCUUGCAACUUUAUCUCAUCUUACUUUAGUGGAAAAAUAUGGUAUUCCUGUUAGAGAAACGAAAAAUGCAAUCGAAACUCAACUUGUUAUUCAAUCAAAUUUGAAAAAAAAUAUAAAGAAAUGA